AUGGACUUGGUGACAGUUGCUGGUCUUCAGAAUUCGCCACCCCUUGAUACUCCGAUGGAAAUUAAUCUCAAGCUACGCAAAGAUGAGGAUGAUUUAUUAUCAGACCCGGCAGCAUAUCGUACACUCGUGGGCAGCUUAAUCUAUCUUACAAACACUAGACCUGAUAUUUCUUAUGCAGUACAACAGGUUAGUCAGUUCAUGGCUUCUCCAAGGCACCUCCAUCUGGCUGCUGUUAAAAGAAUAAUUCGUUAUGUUCAUGGCACAAUUCGAAGAGGACUUUGCUAUCCUGCUGGUACUUCUCUUGAUCUUAUUGCUUAUAGUGAUGCUGAUUAUGCCGGGUGUUCUGACACUCGGCGUUCAACUACUGGUUGGUGUAUGUUCCUUGACCCUGCACUUAUUUCCUGGAAGAGCAAGAAACAAGAUCGUGUUUCCAAGUCUUCUACUGAGUCUGAAUACAGGGCUAUGUCCCAAGCUUGUUCCGAAAUCAUCUGGCUCCACGGGCUCCUUGCUGAGCUUGGUUUUCAGCAGUGCACUCCUACUCCUCUUUUUGCCGAUAAUACAAGUGCUAUACACAUUACCGCCAAUCCUAUCUUCCAUGAGCGCACAAAGUAUAUUGAGGUGGACUGCCACUUCAUUCGUGACGCCUUUGCAGCUCAAACUAUAUCACUUCCACACGUGUCCAGCAAUCUUCAGGUGGCUGAUGUUUUUACCAAGACUCUCACAUGA